AAACCUGUCGUUUCAGUCUAUUUAUGGUGGCAUACUACACAAGCUCUUGGAACAGAGCAUUGAAAGAGUGACUUCAGUUUCAAGCUAUGGAAAGCAGUGGCGGAAUUCUUAGCUCAAUGUGCUUGCAGGUUCUUCUUCUUUUGGUUUUCUCCGGCAUUGCUGCCUCCCAGACUACCGUCACCAAGCUGCCUGGUUUUGAUGGUGAUCUUCCCUUCAGUCUUGAAACAGGAUACGUGAGUGUAGGCGAUUACAACCAGUCCCAACUAUUUUACUAUUUCGUAGAAUCUCAGAGGAGCCCUUCCGAAGAUCCUCUCAUGCUAUGGCUUACGGGAGGCCCUGGCUGCUCUGUUCUCUCUGCCUUCCUUUAUGAAAGCGGUCCAUUGGGUUUCACUUAUGUAGAUUACAACGGUAGCUUACCAUCCCUCCAUUACAACCCAUAUACGUGGACACUGGGACUCAACAUAUUAUAUGUAGACGCACCAGUGGGCACUGGAUUCUCUUACUCAACAACCCAAGAAGGCUACUAUAUUGAUGACCUUGAAUCUGCAUCACAGAUUUAUCAGUUUCUAAAGAAGUGGUUGAUACAACACCCUCAGUAUUUGGAGAAUAUACUCUACAUUGGUGGUGAUUCAUAUUCGGGCAUUCCUCUUCCUAUUAUCGUUCAAGAGAUUUUUAAUGGUAACUUAGAUGAGCCAGAGCCAUAUUUGAAUCUGAAGGGAUAUGUGCUUGGAAACCCAAAGACAGAUUCAUUCAUUGAUGACAAUUCAAGAAUCCCAUUUGGCCACCGCUUGACACUAAUAUCAGACGAACUCUAUGAGUCCGCGAAAGAAAGCUGCAAUGGUGAUUUUGUGAAUGUAAAUGACAGCAACGUACAAUGUGUGUUAGAUAUUCAAGCCAUUGAUGAGUUGCUUCUUCAAAUAAACCUAAUGCAAGUUCUGGAGCCUAAUUGUCAAACUGCAUCUCCAAGAUCAAGUAAAGACUACCUACAGAGAAGAUAUCUGGAAGAGAACUUUGACGAGAGUCUCCUUUCUCAAACAGAGCCUGCAAGUUGGUGUCGGGAAUAUAAUUAUGUGCUGUCGGCCGUAUGGGCUAAUGAUAAGAGCGUGCGAGCAGCCCUUAACGUUACAAACGGAACAAUUGGUGUUUGGAAAAGGUGCAAUAGCAGCAUAGCUUAUACAAAGACUGUCCUUAGUAGUGUUGAUUACCAUAAGAAUCUUAGUGACACAAACCUUCGUGCUCUUAUAUACAGCGGUGAUCAUGACAUGUCUGUUACCCAUAUUGGUACGCAAAAUUGGAUCCGUUAUCUAAAUUUGACUAUUUCCGACAUUUGGCGGGCGUGGUAUGUGGAUGGCCAAGUUGCUGGAUACACCGAGAAGUUUACAAAUAAUGAUUUUACUCUGAAUUAUGCAACUGUAAAGGGUGCGGGUCAUGUUGCUCCAGAAUACAAGGCUAAGGAAUGUUAUGCCAUGUUAGAUAGGUGGCUUGCUUAUUAUCCUUUGUAAUAAAACAGGGUAUUAUUUUCAACAUUAAUUUUUGAGAAUUAUGUUGUAUGUCAGUAAGGAACCGAUGCAUUGGAUAAAAUUUUGUUGUCUUGGUCCUUGAAAAUUCUAAAAUUAAUUAAGGGUCCCCUUUUGAAUUCUGGAGGUGGCCGAGUGUGUGAGUGAUUCGGACA